AUGGAGGCUAGCAACCUCAACCCCCUCAUCUCGAGCCAGAAGAGCUCGCAACUCCAUGCCGUGCUGCACCCGCUCGUGCUCCUCACAAUCUCCGACUACAUCACGCGACAUACUCUUCGUCAACAGUCCGUACCCAUACUUGGCGCUCUCCUCGGCCAACAGAAUGGUCGCGAAAUCACUAUCGAGCAUGCAUUCGACUGCCACCUGAUCGAAGCGCCAGACCAGGAGGGCGGCUACUUGCUCGACAGUGAUAAGUUCUCCGCCAGGCUAGAGCAAAUGAUCACCGUUCACAAGGACCGCCAACUCGAGUUUGUCGGCUGGUACACGCUGCUUCCUGCCGACGGUCCAACACCGACAAUCUUGCCCAUCCACAACCAGAUUCUGCAGGGCUGGAACGAGUCUGCCAUACUUCUAGGCUUCCAUCCUCAGGAAGUCCUCCUACAUUCUGUCGGCGGCAAGCUACCACUCACCAUUUACGAAAGCAAUUACGAAGCGGACGAGUCCAAAAUCGACAACGAUGGCGAAGACAAGAAGAUGGAUGACGGCGAACCGCCCUUGAAGCUGAGGUUCCGAGAAGUCCCAUACUCUGUCGAGACGGAUGACACAGAAAUGAUCAGCAUGAACUAUAUCGCAAGUGGUGCGGGAAACGCUGCCGCUGUCGCCUCCAAAGACCCGCAGCCCGCGCGAUCUGUUGAGUCAAAUGGCAAGGGCAAGCGUCGUCUGGUCGAGAGCGAACGGGAAGACUCGGCCGAGGCUGCUCAAGACGAUGAGACUGGGGUAAUGCUCACGCGCGAGGAAGAGGAGACCCUCGCGGCCCUCACUGCCAAGGCCAAUGCCGUCAAAAUGCUGCAAUCGAGGAUCCAACUUCUCACAGCAUACCUCGACAGCCUCCCGGAUUCCUUUGGGAACAUUGAGACGGAAGACGAAAGCUCCAUGGAUACUGAUGCUUCUACCGUAACACCUUCCUUGACGGUCUUGCGGGAGAUCAAGGCACUGACGGGCCGCCUGGGGCUGGUGAUUCCGUCAGACGAGGAAGCUUUCAGAGAGGAGAUGGCAUCAGAGGAGAAUAAUGUCAAUACUAUCAACCUGUUAAGCACCCUCAUGCAGGCCAUCGGUGAGGUGCGCGAUGUCGGCAAGAAGUUCGCCAUCGUGCAAACAGGUAAGAACGCUCACCAGCGGGGCCGCGAGUAUCCUGACACGCCGUCGUUUCAACUGCCAGGCACGAGUGACUUAUUCAUGUAA